AUCGCUACUGCUCCGCUCCCGCUUUCUAUUCAUUUACAAUCCGAUCCGCUAUAUAUACCCAUGAAAGAGUCGCUACUCGCAAGCCCGAAAGACAGUUGAAUUUUCGUACAAAUCAAACGGACUAUAUUAAUCCAAAUCAAAACCCCAAUCCAAUUUUCCUUUCCCCCAAAACAACAAUCCACUGAUUUACUCUUCUCCGGAGACCCUUUCCACCACCGCCGCUCGGAGAAUCUAUCCCUCGGUGCCACCUCGAUCCCCAAUUCUGUCGGCGUAUUACACACUGCAAAUUAAACCACCGGCCACCGCUUGCUGGAGGCGGCGCUGUCGACGGCAAGCACUAUUCCUGCGGCUUAGCUAACUGCGACUGUGUUUUGAAUCCGCUGCUGCUGCUGCUUCUUCUCCACUGCAAUAAUCGAGUUUCCUUUAUGCAUUAGCCUUGUGAAGGAAGCUCAUGGAUAUGAAUGGGAACGAAGUUGUUAUGACACAUGAGGAGCAUGUAGGUGUUAGAAUGUCGAAUAAUUUGGAUUUGAAUUUGGAGCAAGAAUGCCGUAGCCCAAAAUCGUCCAAUAUGAAUGGGGCUCAUCAGUCCAGUCGUUCCUCAGAAAAUGAAGUACUCAAAAUUGGUACAGAGUUUGAAUCAGAUGAGCAAGCGUACAGAUUUUACAAUAAGUAUGCAGAGUUGGUAGGAUUUAGUAUAAGAAAAGAUUGGGUCAAUAGGAGUAAGGUCCAUGGUCGUGUGAUGUCCAGAAAGUUUACCUGUUCUAGACAAGGUCACCGCAAGAAAGACAAGAGAGAUGUUAAUGUGAAGAAGCACCGCAAAGAAACAAGAACAGGUUGCAUGGCCCACAUGGUAGUAACUCGUCAAGCUGAUCGAAAAUAUAUUGUCACACAAUUUGAAGAGGGGCACAAUCAUGAGGAUGUGAACCUGACUAAAGCUGAGAAGUUACUUGAAUCACCGUUAUCUGGAAAAAGGGACUCUACUGAAGUUUCUGAAACUGACUCAAUCAAGAACUCAGAAAUUCAGUCAAAACUAUCUUUUCAGUUGUUAGGUAUACGAUUUUGCCCUCCAGAGAAUUUUGACGACCUUGAAAUAAAUGAUGAAAUUUUUUUGAGCUCUUCAAGGACAAGAGAUAUGAAGGAAGGAGAUGCAGCAAGCCUUAUGUAUUAUUUCCACAGGCAACAUUUUCUAAAUCCUUCAUUCUUCUACUCUGUACAACUUGAUGCUGAUGAUAAAGUGAGCAACAUAUUUUGGGCAGAUGACAAUAUGAUUAUGGAAUAUGGCCACUUUGGUGAUGUUAUUUGUUUAGAUACGUCAUGCACUAGAAAUCCAAAUUCUCGUCCUUUUGUUCAGUUCAUCGGAUUGAAUAAUCAUAGACAGGUCGUACUUUUCGGGGCUGCCUUUUUAUAUGACGACACUGUUAAUUCUUUCAAAUGGCUGUUCAGAACUUUUGUUGAGGCGAUGGCUGGUAAGAAGCCUAAGUUCAUUUUGUCGGAUCAGGAUGCUACAGUUGUCCAAGCUAUCCAUGCAGUACUGCCAGAAACAAACCACUACAUAUGUGCAUGGCAGAUGUAUCUAAUUGCACUUAAGCAUCUCCGCCAUGUAGUCAAGGAAUUUGAUUCUUUUGCCGUUGAUUUUCGGAGUUGCAUCUUCGGUCAUGAGCAGGAAGAAGAUUUUAUUAAUGCGUGGGAUUCUAUGCUGGAGAGUCAUGGCCUUCGUCACAAUGCAUGGCUGAGAUGGAUGUUUAGAGAAAAAGAGAAAUGGGCUGUAGCAUAUGGGAGAAAUACUUUUUUCAUUGAAAGGGAUGGCACACAUCUUGUCGAGCUUUUCUCUGAUAAACUCAGAAGCUACUUAGACCCUGACACUGAAAUGCUUCAGUUUUUCAAGCAUUUUGAGAGUGUGGUCAAUGAACAAAGAUACAAAGAACUGGAAUCAACUUUCAACAUGGGAAGACAUGUUCCUGUUUUGAUGGCUAAUGCAGUUUUCUUGAAGUAUCCCAGUGAGACUUACACGCCUAAGGCAUUUGAAGUCUUUCAGAGAGAAUACGAAAAGUGUUUAAAUGUCGUCAUUAACAAGUGUGGUGAGCGGGACACGAGAUCUGAUUACAAAGCUAAAACAUAUGGAAAGUCUAGGGACUUUUCGGUCAUGUAUAAUUCUCUUGAUGGCACUGUUUCUUGCAACUGUAUGAAGUUCGAGCAUGCGGGGUUUUUGUGCAGCCACGCCCUAAAAGUGCUUGAUCAUCAAAAUAUUAAGGUUGUUCCGUCCUAUUACGUCUUGAAAAGAUGGACAAAAGACGCAAGGAUUUUACCCGUCGGAGAAAGUCAUUGUUCCACAGAGAAUGACAACAAAAAGGUUCUUGCCACUCGUUACAAAGACCUGUGCCGCAGUAUAAUUAAAAUAUCUGCUAGAGCUGCCGAAUCGGACACAGCGUUCGAUUUCGCUACAAGAAAACUCGAUGAAGUUAUGCAAGGGAUUGAAAGAAUCUUGAAUUUCAAAUCUUUCGAGGAAGACAAAGCUUUCUGUGCUUCUGAUAAUGAACUACCCGAUGUAGAUCUUGGUAGAAAUGAGUUUGAUGAUCAGGAUAUUGAAGUCUUGAAAGGUACCGCCGAAACGGAAUGUAUAAUACCUGAUAAAGAUCAACUGAAUCACUGCGACCCAUCUCCACCUGAGACCGUUUUGUCUGUUGCAUGCCCCCCUUCUGCAUACAUUUCAUCUCCUAGUCCACCACCGUCAAUGAGUCCACUUACGCAGGGUUUAUACACCAUUGACGCCAAUCACAUGGUUCAAAGCAUAUACCAAGGACCUAAUCUAAUCAUUAACCAGCAGCCUAAUUCUAACAUGUAUGAGCCUCAAAACUUUUACUCUAGCCAAAAUCAUUCUCCCAGCCAUGCUCAAUUUAUGCAGGAGUCUUUGAUCCGUAACCAGUUCCAGGAUCCAAUGUCAAAUGGCACUCAGUUGAAACCGGUAAUGGACGAUGACCAGCACCCACAUUCGUCUUCGUUCAUGCAUUAUAACCACAGAUACAGAGCUGCUGGUGUUUAGAAUUUACAUUAUAAGAGAUAUCUCCUCGGUACUUCUCCACCUGUCAAUAUGCCUAUAUACUGUAGCAGGAUAUGUAGCACACAAUUGUAAAACUGGUUUUAAAAAUCGAGCCCAUUUUUCCCUAGUAAAGGAGUCUCGUAUAGAACUUGUGCACUGUGAACAGCGGUCAUGUGGAGGACUUCAGAAUUCAUCGAGAAAGCUGUCAUGAGCAAUACGGGCAGCUGUUGUAAAUAUAGCACCUAGUCCAUAUUGUAUCGAAACUUUGAAACGUCGCUCCUUUUAUUGUGAAUGAAAGGGAGUCAAAUACUAAAAAGUUAUCGAAACAAAUGUAAUGUUUAUGGUGAUUCGGAAUAUUUAAAUUAGCGGUUAUACAAUUUUCUACUAUCCAUGAGAUAAUAUUGUUCCGAUUUUGAUAUUCAACCCA